UGAUGGCUGAGAGUGAACAGAAAUCGAGGAUAGAGACAAACACAGCCUCAGCAAGCCGACUGCAAUGGCUUCGUCAACGUCGCGAAGCACUGGAAGAAAAGCUGGCUCGCAAAAAUAAUGAGCUGAAAAAUUUGUGCAUCGACGAAGCUGAACUGACAGGUAUUUUGCCUCCAGAGAUUCCCUUGGAUCCGGGAGAGAGUCCGCCGUUUUUUCGCAGGCGAGUUGGAACUUCAUUUGCAUACCCGCAGAAUCUUAUCAAUAAACUCAAGAGCAGCGAAGCUGAAGAAUCAGCGUUGGAAUUGGAACGUCAAGUACAAACAAGUAUUGCCACAGCGGCGUUCGCUAUCUGCAGUGAUUCAUCGGAAAGCAAAGCAGUUCGCAGAAAGCACCGAUCAGUUUAUCAGCAAGCUCAAAGACGUAUUAAGGAACUGGAUACAAGAUUGACUUUUAUCCGACUGAGCUAUGGACAAUUACCCAGACGGCCUAAUAUCGCCGAGUCUACACCCUGGCAAUCUUCUAUUUUUUCUGAUGAUACUGCUCUGCCUGACUGGCUGAACGAAGGUUCAGUAAUCGGAGGUGGAAGCAGCAGUAAAAGUUCUCGAAGCGACGGAAUUCACGACUUGAAUGAAAACUCCGACAUAUACAUCCUCGGAAAUCAACAACACCGAGUAUCUACAUACUCUCAUGACUCAGACGAAGUAUCCCUGCACCACAAGCACCCCCAAUUACCCGAACGGACUUACCGUAUGAUCUCCAACAAAGAAGACACUACUCCAAAUUUAUGGCCUAAACGCCAAAGCGAGGUGCCUUAUUACAACCAACGCCAGCUAUCAAGCACUUACAAGCAACCUUCUCCUAGAUAUCACCAUUACUAUCACCAGAGCCAAUUAUCACCCAGCAAUAUUAGCGAGACCCUCCCCUCGUCCCAGUCAGUAGGCGCCAAUAUCGAGACAACCGGAAAAUAUGAGCUAACAACAAAUCAAUACCGCUCUCGGUUACCUUACUAUCCCUCAGAUCCAUUCGUCCACGUUUCUUCAAAUGAAAAUUUCGAACAAAUUCCUCCAGUUUUACACGAGCGGAAUUCAAUGCAAGAUAAAUUAAUUAAAAGGAAUAAUCAUCAAAGCAUGCCGCCUAUUUCUCGGCGCCAAGAAUUUGCAAGCUCUGCUGAUAGUUGGGUAAUUAAUGGAGAUGAAAUUCUCUGGCCGGGUGUAAAUUCAGAGUAUCAACAACAACAACAACAACAACAACAUCAGCAGCAACAUCCUGAUAGAUUUGGAAGCAUAGAUCGCCGGAAGUAUGCGGGUAAUAUUAAUUACCAAGCAAAUACUCUUGACCCUGGGCAAGGUUUGAUGACCCUGGGACCUCAAGUUGGAGGACUCAAGCCGGUUCAGACCAAGUUUGUGAAGCAGAGCAAUGUCACUGGGUUCUCUAGUAGUCAAAACAACCCUAAAUAUUUGGGCAGCAAUACAAAAGGUCCAGCAAGGCCUGAACGGCUUAACUUGUCGCAGUCGCGCACUCUUUUAAGGACUCAGUCGCUGGGCAGUGUUGAGACUUGGCACCAGGAUGACAAUAAGUCAAUUACUCCUGUGGUAGAGACUACUGCUGCUAUUACUCUACCUUCCCCGACGGCUGGCUCCGUCUUUCACAGCAUUGUUGAGGGCAGCCCAGGCCCAGAUACACGUAACUCAUACAGAGAUUCUGAAAAAGAGUGGUACGAGACCUCCAUUGACCUGGACUACUCGAAGCCUCCCGCCACCUUGUCCCAGACGCUCAAGAACCUUGAAAUCCCCGCUGAAUCAAACACCCGGCUGUCUAGCAGUAAAUCAAUAAACGGCGACGCCUUUGAACCCUCGAACUUUGCGUCUCCGGAUAAUAAAUUAGCUACCGAUGGGAGGACUAUUAUUCACCCGGGGAAGUAUCAGCCUUACAAAGAGGUCACCAAGCCUUUUGAGAUGUCGGACUUUUAUAAAUACUCUACAAAAUUCAGGAAAAAAGUUGAGCCUGGGAUUAAUACUCAGCCUAAGAAUUUAAAUAAUAAUAAUAAUAAUAAUAAUAGUAAUUGUAGUAAUAAUAAUGUUAAUAUUAAUGGGAUUGAUAGUGAGAGUGUGGAGAAUAAUAUGGGAUUUACUCGGCAGAGAAUUUCAACGCCCCACGUGCCUCUCGUGCAAGCGAGAAUUAAUCCAGCUCAAACAAUUUUACCCUGUCAGUCCCACAUUGCCCGA